GAUUGGCUGCUGCGGGAACCUCGCGGGCCGGUGGCUAUGGAGCCCGUGGUGGUUGAUGGUUGACCGUUGGCUCAGGGAUAGGGGUCGUGACUCCAGGGAUCCGCUCACACCCGACCGGACGGCCCGUGCACUGCUGAUGCUUGGCCUGGAACCCGCUGGGGAGACCUAAUUCCGCUCAGCCAUGCCGGCCGGGAGUAACGAACCGGACGGCGUCCUCAGCUAUCAGAGAGCAGAUGAAGAAGCUGUGGUGGAUCAGGGUGGGACCAGUACAAUUCUCAACAUUCACUAUGAGAAAGAAGAGUUGGAAGGGCAUAGGACUCUGUACGUGGGGGUUCGGAUGCCUCUGGGUAGGCAGAGCCAUCGACACCACCGCACCCACGGCCAGAAGCACCGGAGACGAGCGCGGGGCAAAGGAGCCAGCCAGGGAGAGGAGGGUCUGGAAGCCCUGGCCCAUGACACACCGUCUCAGCGUGUUCAGUUCAUUCUCGGGACCGAAGAAGAUGAAGAGCAUGUGCCUCACGAGCUAUUCACAGAGCUGGAUGAGAUCUGUAUGAAAGAAGGAGAAGAUGCCGAGUGGAAGGAGACAGCCAGGUGGCUAAAGUUUGAGGAAGACGUUGAAGAUGGGGGAGAGCGCUGGAGCAAGCCAUAUGUGGCAACCCUUUCGCUGCACAGUCUCUUUGAAUUAAGGAGCUGCCUCAUUAAUGGAACCGUCCUUCUGGACAUGCGUGCGAAUAGCAUCGAGGAAAUUUCAGACCUGAUCCUGGACCAGCAGGAGCUGUUCAGUGACCUGAACGACAGCAUGAGGGUCAAAGUUCGUGAAGCCCUUCUCAAAAAGCAUCAUCAUCAGAAUGAGAAGAAGAGAAACAACCUCAUUCCCAUUGUUCGUUCCUUCGCUGAGGUUGGCAAGAAACAGUCUGAUCCACAUUCGAUGGAUAAAAAUGGUCAAACUAUAUCACCUCAGUCUAUUCCAGCCACAAAUCUUGAAGUGAAAAAUGGAGUGAAUUGUGAACACAGUCCUGUGGAUUUGAGCAAGGUUGACCUUCAUUUUAUGAAAAAAAUUCCCACUGGGGCAGAGGCCUCAAAUGUCUUGGUUGGAGAGGUGGACACUUUGGACCGGCCUAUUGUUGCCUUCGUGAGACUGUCUCCAGCUGUUCUUCUCUCAGGCUUGACAGAAGUGCCGAUCCCAACAAGAUUUCUGUUUAUCUUAUUGGGUCCUGUAGGGAAAGGCCAGCAGUACCAUGAGAUUGGCAGAUCCAUGGCCACCAUCAUGACAGAUGAGAUUUUUCAUGAUGUGGCAUAUAAAGCAAAAGAGCGAGAUGAUCUCCUGGCAGGGAUUGAUGAGUUCCUAGACCAGGUGACAGUGCUUCCUCCAGGAGAGUGGGACCCCUCCAUUAGAAUUGAGCCACCCAAAAACGUCCCUUCCCAGGAGAAGAGGAAAAUGCCUGGGGUCCCAAAUGGAAAUGUUUGCCACAUAGAACCAGAACUACAUGGGGGUCAUAGUGGGCCGGAACUGCAACGUACUGGGCGACUUUUUGGAGGAUUGGUGCUGGACAUCAAGCGGAAGGCCCCUUGGUACUGGAGCGACUACCGAGAUGCACUCAGCUUACAGUGUCUGGCCUCUUUCCUGUUCCUGUACUGUGCCUGCAUGUCACCUGUCAUCACCUUUGGAGGGUUGCUUGGAGAAGCCACUGAGGGACGCAUAAGUGCAAUUGAAUCCCUGUUUGGAGCCUCCAUGACUGGGAUUGCCUAUUCUCUGUUUGCGGGACAGGCUCUCACCAUCCUGGGAAGUACUGGGCCAGUUCUUGUGUUUGAGAAGAUUUUGUUCAAAUUUUGCAAAGACUACACCCUUUCAUACCUCUCCCUGCGAGCUUGUAUUGGACUGUGGACCGCCUUCCUGUGUAUUGUCCUUGUGGCAACUGAUGCCAGCUCCCUUGUCUGCUACAUUACCCGCUUCACCGAAGAAGCAUUUGCCUCCCUGAUAUGUAUUAUUUUCAUCUAUGAAGCAAUAGAAAAGCUGAUUCACCUGGCAGAGACCUAUCCCAUCCACAUGCACAGCCAGCUAGACCAUCUUAGCCUCUAUUACUGCAGGUGUGCUGUCCCGGAGAAUCCGAACAAUCACACCCUGCAGUACUGGAAGGAUCACAACAUAGUCACAGCAGAAGUGAAUUGGGCUAACCUCACUGUCAGUAAAUGCCAGGAGAUGCAUGGAGAAUUUGUAGGGUCUGCUUGUGGCCAUCAUGGACCCUACACUCCCGAUGUUCUCUUCUGGUCCUGUAUUCUGUUCUUCACUACGUUCAUCCUCUCAAGCACUUUAAAGACAUUUAAGACGAGCCGCUAUUUCCCAACCAGAGUCCGCUCCAUGGUGAGUGACUUCGCAGUUUUCCUCACUAUCUUCACCAUGGUGAUUAUUGAUUUUUUGAUUGGCGUCCCCUCACCAAAGCUGCAAGUUCCCAGUGUGUUCAAGCCAACAAGGGACGAUCGGGGCUGGAUUAUCAAUCCCAUUGGCCCCAACCCCUGGUGGACUGUGAUAGCUGCAAUCAUCCCAGCUCUUCUCUGUACUAUCUUGAUAUUCAUGGACCAGCAGAUUACAGCAGUCAUCAUUAACAGGAAGGAACAUAAGCUCAAGAAAGGCUGUGGCUACCACCUGGACCUGCUGAUGGUGGCCAUCAUGCUGGGUGUCUGCUCCGUUAUGGGCCUGCCGUGGUUUGUGGCUGCCACUGUGCUGUCCAUCACACAUGUGAACAGUCUGAAGCUGGAAUCUGAGUGCUCUGCUCCUGGAGAGCAGCCCAAGUUCUUGGGCAUCCGGGAGCAGAGAGUGACAGGCCUUAUGAUCUUUGUGCUGAUGGGCUGCUCAGUCUUCAUGACGGCUAUCUUGAAGUUUAUCCCAAUGCCAGUCCUCUACGGAGUUUUCCUCUACAUGGGAGUUUCCUCGUUACAAGGAAUCCAGUUCUUCGAUCGUCUGAAGCUUUUCGGGAUGCCCGCCAAGCACCAGCCGGACUUCAUCUACCUGCGGCACGUGCCUCUGCGCAAAGUGCACCUCUUCACCCUCAUCCAGCUCGCCUGCCUGGUCCUGCUGUGGGUCAUCAAGGCCUCUCCAGCAGCCAUCGUCUUCCCGAUGAUGGUCUUGGCCUUGGUCUUUGUCAGGAAAGUCAUGGAUCUCUGUUUCUCUAAGCGAGAGCUGAGCUGGUUAGAUGAUCUCAUGCCAGAAAGCAAAAAGAAGAAGUUGGAUGACGCCAAAAAGAAGGCCAAAGAGGAAGAGGAGGUUGAGAAAAUGUUAGAAAUAGGGGGAGACAAGUUCCCCCUAGAAAGCAGAAAGUUACUAAGUAGUCCUGGAAAAAACAACAGUUUCAGAUGUGACCCCUCUGAGAUUAAUAUAUCUGAUGAAAUGCCUAAAACCACGGUCUGGAAAGCUCUCAGUAUGAAUUCUGGAAAUACGAAGGAAAAAAGUCUCUUCAACUAAGAGUCUUUGUUGGAAUGGAAGAUUUGGGCCAUGAGGUGCUUAGGGGAGUGAAGAGAAAUCGGUGAGUCUCUCGGAGAAGAAUCAAGACCAACUCUGGCCCCAUCUAUGGUCAUCUCAAGCCUUGCCGAAGCAUUCAGUCAUUCCUGGUGUGCACUGGAGGGCAUCCUGCCACCCCCAUACCAACAGCCAGGCACCAGAUGCAAGCGUGGCAGCAGAAGGCCACUUCCUGUUGGUCCUUCUCUUCUUUUCUCUUCAGAACUGCCACCGUUAAAGACUCAGCUUCCCAUUUUUCAGACAUUUUCUCUGAAACUCUGCUGGCCUGCUGAGCCACAUGGAUCCAUUCUGCCAUAAGGACUCCUUCAGUGAAGCCCCUCUUCCAUUCUGCCAUGAGGACUCCUUCAUUGAGGCCCCUCUUCCUAAGUGCUGAUGGGAGAGUAGCAGGAAAACAGAAAGGAAAGGGAAGGUCCUAGUCUUUCUGGUGUCUUUGAGCUCCUGGGUGGCCCUGGGCCUCAGCUCCAUGCCCAUCCUGGUGGAGGAUGCUAGUCAGACCCUGAGGCUGUCAGGGGCUCUGCUAUCAGAAGGUGAGCCAUCUGGGCAUUGGCACUGCCCACCACCCCAGCCAGCACAGGCCUCUGACCUGGAGUGUCUUUGUCGCUCCCUAGCAGCAGUCUGCACAACUCAAAUGAAACCCUUGGAAGACACAAGGGUCAAGAAGGACAUUGGAGUUGUUCAGCUUAUUUAGGAAAAAGGCUUGGGUGGGAUUAGUAAAGACCACUGAGGAUGAGCAGCUUCUCUUGGUUUUUAUUGAAUAUAGAAUGAGAGAAUGAGCCUAAAUUGCUAUAGAAAGAAUUAGUUAGAUACCAGGAAGGACUUCAUAGCCUGAAGGUUUGUCAUAGUGUGUGCUUUCUAGAUAUCUAGAAAAGAUUUGAUAACAGUUGUUUGUGAGUAGAAAGAGGGAUAUGGUGUUUUUAUCGGCUGUUUCAUGGGACUGUUUGGUGUCUUGCUGCUGUCUUUUGAGGAAAUAUUCUUAUUGCAUCCUGGAGAGAUCCAAGUGCUUAUGUACUGUCUCCUUAGCUGCCUUAGUAGUAAACCAUCAUCAGCUCAGUGGACCAAACCACCUUUAGCCAUACGGUUUCUUCACCAUGGGUGUUUUUUAGUUGACAACAGUUCUGGUUCUUAGAUGUAAAGAGCCACCCUGAGAAAUGAACUGUAAGUGGUGAAGUUAAUUUCAGUAUUCUAAACUACGUAUGUUUUUUUUCUCUUGUACAUUGCAGUGAAUGUCAAGGGUGCGGGCUCUAGUGCAUAUAUACAGACCUUCCUUCCUUUGCGCACAGAAUGUGACUAGCCAGCCUGUUAGCACCCAGGGAAUUUAAUCAUGUUUGUUUUCCAUCCUGGAAAAUCUUUGCACAGUGGGAAAAUCCCCAGUGUGCUUUAGGUGCAUAGAUGAAGAGUUGACGACAUCAUUAUGUUGAGUUUUGCCCUCCUUUAGCUCUUAAAAUACAUUAAUGCAGUCUAGUCCUAAAGACUUGACUGAUGUUGUAAGAAUGCUUAGUUUUCCCCAUAUUUCUGUAACUUUUAGGUGGUGAUUUUCAUUUUUAUUUUAUUUUUAGGAACGUAGUUAUUUUAAUGCGGAGAUGAUUUUCAAAAUAUUUAACAACUAGUACUGGACAGGCCCCUAUCACCCGGCAUGGGUGUCGGCUCAGACAAGCAGUGUGUGUCACUGCACUAGUGUCUGAUGACUGAAACUCACACUGCUUUCAGGUGUUCAAGUGGCCUCUGAAAUUGGAUUUCAGGAUUGUGGGUGCUGCUCCUGGUUUGUCAGAUCUGAUUGCUAGCCAGAAAGCUGUUGUAGGGACACCCUUGGCUUCCAUUCAUGUGGUACAGACAGGAUCAAGAAUGUUCUUUGAAAUAGAUGGGCAUUCAGAUCUUUGUAAGCCAAAGCUUCACACUUGACCACUUUACAGCAAAUCAGUAAUUAUACCCUUAUCUACUUAACAUGGAAAAAGCAAAAGGCAGCCCAUCAAUGGGAAAAGCAUUUUUGCUGACUUUUCCUUUCCAUCCCUGCCUACUUUCUUCUUUUUCAUUAUUUUUGUGAUGAACUAGGCCGCUGUUCUUGUUCCAUCUUGCCCGUCCCAUAUUUUCCUUCCAUUUUCUGUGUGAGGAAGUUAGGGACAACUUCACCUGUUUCCCUCACCUCACUGCACAUGGGAAGGAUGUAUGGGGAAGAGUCCCUGUGUCCACAAAACCAGUGACAGAAUCCCUCAGAAAAGUGUCUCUCUUGAUACACUGGUGGCUCAUACUUUCUUGUACCUACUGAGCUGCCUGAAGGCAGGGAAGCAGCCUUUGUCAGCUUUGUGUAGUACCCUUAGGGACCACCUGCACUUCCGCGCCUCUGCAGUGGACUCUUCAUCGCUGCACCAAAGGGUGGCAGUCAUUUGGGAAGGCUGUGCUAACAGGCUGGUAGGUUUUUCUCAAGCAAUACUGAGCCCCAUUUUUGCUACAUCUAAUGAUAGGAACCGUCUCCUACUUUUAUUCUCUUCUCCUUCCCAGUUCCUGCCAAACACUCACCUCCAGUCCUGGCUGCUUCUUGCUUAGAUCCGUGGCUGAUGAGCAUGAAGCAGAGUCAAGCUGGGCAUUAGAAACUGGGAGUGACGGUGCAAGCACAAGUAUUCAUCGACGCUGUUAAGCUUGUGUGCACCAAGCUGCAGGAGCAUCAGCUCUCAUCAAGGGCAUUUCCAUCUUAGAUGUCUCUGAUAUAUAGUUUGAGGACAAACACCGGUGGAUUAACUGGCGAGAAAACAGUAUUUAAGUUCAACAUGAAGAAUAAAGUGACUUAGGAGUAGAAGGCAAGGCAGGUUACUAGUGAUUUUAAUGCUUAUAUUUGCUUGAGCCAAAGAAGUGAUACCCUCUUUCACAGUGAGAGAACAGUUUGAGCAUUGCCAAGUCAAUGCCUGGCCAGGCUGGUGGUAUCAAUGUAAGGGAGGAGGGAGAAGCCAGGGAUUUAAGAAAAUGAUGGUAUGUAGAAUCUUAGAUCUAAGGAAAAAGAACUGUAGUUGCUGAGUGGACAGAUUGCCUUCUGGUCAUUACGUUUAGAGAGGGGCUGGUCUAGACUUGCAGGCAUGCCCCACCUGCAGCCCACUGGCUAGUCGUGCCUAUGUUAACACUUUAAAACUUAAGGAAGUUAUGUUACAGUAAUUGUG